AUGUAAAAGACUUAGAUUGAAUAAGAAACUGGAAUCAAUUAUACCUGGAAUAAUGAAGAAGAUUAAAAAUUGAAGGAUUCAAUUAACAUAUAUGGUAUUCAAUGGAACAAAGUAGCUGAAACGAUACCUGGAAAAACUGAAUCUUAAUGCAUUUAAAGAUGGCAUAUGUUAUAAAAUGAAUAGUAAGCAGCAUGGUCUAAAGGAGACGAUGAACAAUUAAUGGAUUUAGUAUUGAAAUAUGGUGAGAAUUGGAGUGAUGUAGCUUAGAUAAUGAAAAACAAAACACAGAGUCAAAUCAAAAGUAGAUUUAACUAAUUAAAUUUUCAAUUGUCAAAUAGACCUUGGAAUCAGGAGGAGGAUAAUCAAUUGCUUCUUUUGUUUGAAUAAUAUGGAACAAAAUGGAAUCAAAUUGCAUAAACAAUGAAAUAUCGAACUGAAAUCGAGGUAAAGAAUAGAUAUUAUUCAAAGCAUAAAUUAUCAGAACAUCAAAUGACUUUGAAUUUGAAGAUAUCUGAUUCUGAAAUUGAAAAGUAAGAAGAAAUGGAGAGUAAAACAUUUAAGACUGAAUUUAAAUGCAAGUAAGAAUUAUAGACCAUUGAACCUUAACCAAUCAAAAAGGUUGACCUCAAACAAUCUGAUCAAUAAUAAAAGGAUAGUAACAUCAGCUAUUUAUGUCCAAGAAAUUUCAUAUUUAAAUUUGAAUAGCUGUUUGAUUCUUCUUAAAAUGAACCCAAGAAGAUUGUAUGGAUACCAGUUCCAAUCAUAAGAAUAACUAAAAGGAAUCCGACAACAAACGAUAAUCUAUUAGAACAAUCAGUUGAUGAUUUAAAAUAAGAGGAAGAAUUAUAAACUAGAAAAAAUUGA